AUGGCAGCUUCAGAACUCCAUGACAGGGCUCAAGAUGUAAAACGCUGUCAACUUUGCCUCGGAAAAGACAGAAAGUCGGUUGCAGAAACUGUGUGUAACACUUGUAAAGUUAAUCUAUGUAAGGAUUGUGUAGGUCAUCAUAUGAUUUCUAGUCCCAAUAUUAAACACGAUGUUGAUACUUUUGAAUUUAAAAAAAUUGAAAUCAUUCCAUCGUAUUGCAUUGUCCACCAGGAACAGAAAUGUGAAAUGUUCUGUGAACUAUGUGAAUCCCCAAUAUGUCAGAAAUGUCUAGCCUCUGGAUCUCAUGAAAAUCACGCUGUGUCGCGAAUUUCUGAAAUUUAUAGCUCCAAACUGGAGCUCAUCAGACAUGACUUAAAUGAACUUGAAACUAGUAUUGCACCUUUGUUUGAAUCAAUUCUCUCAGAAAUAGGAACGAUGUCAUCAAGCAUUGCAAAAAAACAUGUUGACAGACAACAAACUAUACAUGAACUUGGUAAAAAAUGUCACAAGUGUGUAGAUAAUGUCAUUGAAAAAUGUCUGAGUGAUUCCAGGAAGAUGGAAAAAGAGGAUAAUGAUUCAAUUCAGGGCUUGAAAUCAGAGUUCAGGAAUCGAAUCUCAUCAAUUCAAUCGAUAAUAAUUGAAAACCAGUCUACCAUUGUCUCGAAUGAUUCAUCCAAAAUUCUCAACUAUACUUCACAAAAUGGAAAAUUUAGAAUAAUUCCCUCUAGAUUUGAUUUGACAGUGCCAGAAUACAGACCCACAGAAUUUUUAGAGGAUGCAUUGAGCAGGAUAAUUGGAAACAUACCAGAAACAAGAAAAACUUGCAUUCAGGGACAGAUCCUAAGAGCUCCCCAACAUGUUCUUUCUUUAGAGAGACCGAUGAAACAUGUUCUUUCAAUUGAUUUGCCACAUAGAGUAAGAAAUAUAAAUAUUAAAAAUAUCAAUGACAUGUUUCUCAAAAUAGCUUGUGUUCCAAACACAGAUGAAUUCUAUGGCUGUGGUUUAAUUGGAAUCAUUAAACACAUGAACACAGAAGGAAAGUUGCUGGAGGAAAUCACCAGCGGAGGAUUGUUAGGUCCUAAAGAUUUGACAGUCACAAGGGAGGGACUACUGAUGUGCAGUGAUGUUGUUGAUAAGAGUAUUAACAUUGUUAAACCUGGCAAAAUAGAAUGUUUGAUCAGAUUAAAGGACUGGACACCAGAUGCCCUAUGCAGCACCCAAACAGAUGACCUCUUAGUAUACAUGACAUCUUUAUACAAACUGGAUGGGUUGAAUCAAAGAAAAAUCGUUCGAUAUUGUGGAUUCACAAUCACACAAGAAAUACAAUUAAGUGCCAUGAGCAAUGAUUUAAAACAUGAAUCAUUAUAUGUACCCUGUAUUGAAGAAAACAAGAACCUUGAUAUUAUUGUGAGUGACAGAAAUUCCAUAUUAGUGUUCAAAAAUGAAGGACAAUACAGGUUUACCUAUGAUAGAAAGCCUCAUACAAAGGAAUACAACAAACCCUUUACUCCAAGUGGAGUUACCACAGACAGUAUGUGUCAGAUCUUAAUUGCUGAUGGUGCUAAUAACAUCAUACAUAUCAUUGAUCAAAAUGGACAAUUUCUCUGGUAUAUAAACAACUGUGAUUUCGAUAAUCCACGUGAUCUCUGUGCAGACAGCAAUGACAUAUUGUUCGUUGCCCAACCAGCAAUCCGAAAAGUAAAGCAAAUUAAGUACAUGGAAUAA